AUGGCACCUUCACGCGUCCAAGGCGCGUCCACUAUUAGCAAGAAGCCACCUCGUCUCCUUCGCUCUAGUUCCAUAGAUAGGAACGUUGACGUUGUCGUUGCCCAACCCCAACGUCCCGCGCGUCCCUCUACUGUUGUCUACCUAAGACCCGUUAAAGAGGAGACCGACUGGGAUAACAGCGAUGAUGAUGAUAACGGCAAUCACAAUUUAGACGAAUCCCCUUGCCAGAAAUUACAGCGCAAAGUUGUGAAGAAUGAUACCAAGAUCAAACCUGGCGGCACUCACAAGGAAACUGGGCCCAUCAACCAGCUUGCUCGCAAGUCUUCGCGUAUCCAGGGAAAGGCGGCCUUGGACGUGGCGGGAGUCGACACUAAGCCUGCUCGUAAGGCCACCAGAAAACUCUCCGUCGUCCUUGGAAUUGCACCUACGGCCGAGGAGGAGCAUUCGCAAGGUCCUCGACGAUCUACCCGGGUUGCUGCAGCCACUGCUACUUCCCGCAUUACGGAGGCGAGUACCAAGAAAUCUAAGAUCGCUUCCGCAAACCCUGCUGCCCUGAAGCCAAAGUCUAGGGGCGUCUCCCGCCGUGGUCGGACCUCAGGUGCUAAGGCUAAGGCUGAAGCUGCUAAUAAGGAAUGGCAGGUCGACAAGAUUGUGGGCAUCCGAAAGAACAAAACUCGAGGGACCGAAUACCUCGUCAAAUGGGCCGGCUUCCCUGAUGAUGAGAACACCUGGGAGCCCGAGGGGAACCUAGACCAUUGUCGCCGCAAACUUGCCCAGUUCAACGCAACGCUUGCCCGCAAGAAGUGA